AGUGUUGUUUCGUUCAAAAAUGUCUCCGCAGCUUCACGGUGGUUGAUAAAUACUCAAAUGCAACAGUUCUAAAGCCAUCAGCUGUUUAAGUCGAAACCCCACAUAAGCCAGAAUCACCAAUAGCAUUCUUUCAAAUCUAUUGGCUUUUUCCCUUUUUCGAUUUGUCAAACAGCACUUUCCUUGAUUAUUCUAAGGAAAAUAACAUGAAAACUGCCCAAGCGCGCAGCUGGGAGCGUGCCGCGCGGAGCGACAACGGAUCGGCGGAACACAGCAGCGACAACGAUGCAAAUGCAAAGGCGGCAAAUCGCAUGAAAAGCAAGACGACGCGUAAACGAAAAGCAACUCGCGACAGUUCAUCCACAUCCAGCACCUCUUCCAGCAGCAGCAGCAGCAAAAGCAGCAGUAGUAAUAGCCGCAGUAGCAGCAGCGGUGAUGCUUCAAAAUCCUCGGAGGACGUCAAACGCGUCAAAACCAAAUCGAAAGCAAUCAAAUUAGAACAAAAACAAAUCAAACGUGAGCCUGCAACACUGGAGAGCAAAGUGCAGGAGCAGCGCUCCAAAUGGGACAGCCCCGAACGCAGCGCUGCCGCCCAGCGACACACAGCCGGUAGUAAAUAUACAAAUAAAACGCGCGGGCGGGAACGGGAACGCCACCUUGAGAGAGACAGAGACAGGGACAGGGAGCGGCCGCAACAACGAUAUCGUCCAAAUCGCGAUAGGGAUCGACGUUCAGAACACCACCGUCCGCGCAGCAACGAGCGUCGAGAAAGAGAUCGUCAACGUCGGUCGCCGGAGGGACGCCGGCGCAGUCGUAGUCGCAGUAGCAGCCCACGGGGUGAGCGAUCCUAUAGAGGAGUUGGUGGCGGUGGUGGAGGAGGUGGUGGAGUAGGAGGAGGAGGAGCACGCCGUCAGCAGCAUCAACGUCGCAACGACAAUCGAAAUCGGGACGAUGCCGAACAGUUUGAAUGGGGUAAACCACAAGACAAAGAUAAAUCGCAGCCGUCCAACGAUGAUGCUGAACCCGUGGAAAAGGAGAAACCGAAUUUUGGGUUGAGUGGCGCCCUCACCGAAGAUACGAAUAAAGUGAAUGGCGUUGUCGUCAAAUAUUCGGAGCCACCAGAGGCGCGCAAACCGAAGCGCCGCUGGCGUCUGUAUCCUUUCAAGGGGGAGACGGCGCUGCCAACGCUUCACAUUCAUAGGCAGAGUUGUUUUCUGGUUGGACGCGAUCGCAAAGUGGUUGAUCUGGCCGUUGAUCACCCCAGUUGCUCCAAACAGCAUGCGGCGCUCCAAUAUCGGCUCGUGCCAUUCGAACGGGAUGAUGGCAGUCAUGGAAAGCGUGUUCGUCUAUACCUUAUCGACUUGGAAUCGGCAAAUGGCACGUUUCUCAAUAACAAAAAGAUCGAUGGACGCAAAUACUUUGAGCUGAUGGAGAAGGAUGUCAUCAAGUUUGGCUUCAGUUCUCGAGAAUAUGUUCUGCUGCACGAGAAUAGCAAGGAGGAUCAGGAGGAUGAUGAUGUGCAUAUCAAAGAGGAACCAAUUGAUCCCCACGACGAACAGUCGAUUAAUAAUACACAAAACUGAUGCGUCUAGCAAUACACCCACACACUCGCUCCCCAACCUGCCUCUCUCUGCUGUCGUGCACAUACACACACACACACAUACACACAACUAGUUUAUCUUGAAUUGUAAAGUAAAAACGAUAUGCAUGUCAAAAUUAUUGUGUUACCCCUAACCAUCGUAUUCCAAAACCCCAAUGUGUGUCUUGUCGCACUUGGGGCACGUUUCAGCGUGCGAUUAACUGCCAAGAUUAAAAUAAAUGGCAAGAAUUAUUAUUCUAUUUCCCCAUCAAAA